GCGAGACACGAGCUUUAUAUUUAUAACUUGGCAUAACUAGCAUGGUGAGAACAUUUUUUGAACAAAUCUUCGAUUAGAAUCUUCCAUUAAAAUAACGCCAGCUACUCUCGCGUAGCGGUGGUAUAAGUAGAGACUGUCAGCCUUUCGGUGUCUUCGUUUAUUAUUACGUGUAAAGAAAAGUAUAUGCAUCGCUCUAAGUGCGACAAUAAUGAAUAAAAUCUAACGAUAAUAAAAGUGUGCGACGUUUGUUAUACCAGUGAAUAAAGGAUUGCAGCAAAAAAAGUGUCUUCUAUACUUGGUUCAUUUUUACAAAACGACAGAUACAUACAAAUAUAUUUUUGAGUGCAGAAAAAAAAACAGUGCAAGUACACAUAUAUUUUUGAGAGAAAUCUUUGAGAGAUUAUACACGAAACUGCUUCGUACGUACACGGCGUGUCAGAAAAGCACAAAAAAAUUGCUCGCGUCUCGGCAACAAAAACAAGAAGACGAUUCUUCGCCGCCUCUCCCCCUGAUCUCCGUUUUCGGAAAUAACAGUUCCGAAUAAUAAUCUCGUGCAACAUCGGCGUUGUCAAUAAUCAUUCAAGCUGGACGCCACAAAUUUCGAAACGAACGAGACAGGCGCCGCAGCCGCGCAGAGGGUCGAAGACGCGAACGUCAACGACGACUCUAGCAAUCCAUCGUCGCCCUCACCAUCCCUCUCGUCAGCGUCUUCAACUUCGUCCGAAGAGAAGAUGGAGAUCGCUCACGCCCCGUCGUCACCGCUGGCCAUGAACAACGAGCAGCAGCAGCCACAGCUAUCGGCACAGCCGCAGGCUGCACCCUCACAGCAGCAGCAGCAGCAUCAGCAGGUUGCUCCCCAAUCACCCCAGCACCAGGUACAGCAUCAGCAGCAGCAGCAACAGCUGCACCAUCAGCAGCAGCAGCAGCAGCAGCAUCAAUCUGCCCCUGCUAACGCCGGCAGUGGCAUGCAGCAAUACUGCGUCUCCUGGAAUUCAUAUGCGUCACAUUUGCAAGGAGCUUUCCCCAAGCUGCUGAGCAGCGAGCAAUUUGUAGACGUUAGCCUGGCCUGCGAUGGGGGUAGUUUCAAGUGCCACAAAGUGGUACUCUCCGCUUGCAGCGAGUACAUGGAGCGAAUUCUGCUGGAUCUGCCCUGCCAACACCCAGUCAUUUUCAUGACCAACAUGGAGUACUGGGAACUCCAGGCGCUGAUUCAAUUCAUGUACCACGGUGAAGUUUACGUUGAAGAGGCAAAACUCAGGCAACUGUUGAAGGCUGCCGAUGCUUUACAGAUUCGUGGCUUGUCUGGCAAGAACACCGAUUUGAAUGGAGCUAAAGAUGAACAUAACACUCACAAUAACAUCCACCAGCAGCAUGCUCAUCACAGUACACCAAAAGUACCUACGAGCAACGCAGCUUCCACCCCAUCAGCUUCCAAUGCCUCGUCCACUGCUGGAGAUUUCCCUCAGGCUGAUGACAACAGUGCUGAUGGAUCUGAUUGCGAUUUGCAUAACAUAAUUCCAACCUUGCCAGCCGGAACUACUGCUGUUCCAACUUCAGAGAACUUAAGCUAUGACACUGAGCCAAUCCAAGAAGAUAUGCAUCAUUCUUACGAUAUGAGUCUUGCUGGCGGUUCUUGUGAAACAUCUGUUGUAGAAGGUCCUGGUACAGUUAAACUCGAGCCUGAUGAUCAUCAUCACAACAUGAUGGGAUACAAUGAUAAGAACAACUAUUCUGUCAACAUGGUUCCAGUGAAUGCCUCAUGCCAACCAAGCAGUCCUUUCCCUGCUAUAGAAGGUAAUGACUUCGUUGGUCCCAGACACAAAAAUAUCCAAAAUGGUCAGAACGGCCAUAACUUAAGUUAUCAAAAACGUCAACGUCGCUCAGAAGCUGAACUGAAACUAGCUGCAGAUCUUGUAUCUCGUGGAAUGACGUUCCAAGUCGCUUCAGAACAAUACAGUAUUCCCAUAAGCACGAUCCGGUUCUACAUGGCUCGCAAAGGUAUUUUGCAAAGGCGAAAGCGCGGCCGAGGCUCCAACACUAACGUUAAUAACAGUGCAAUGAUGUCGAGCAAUAACAUAAUGAACAAUCAACCAAACAGUCCUACAGGCAAUCCACCGUUUCACAUGAUGAAUUAUCGUUUACCGGAAAGUCUCAAUUCGAGUCUUCAGUAGUCAUCAACUGUAAGUGCGUCAUCAACAUCGUCUCCUCGUUUAAGAUUUCAUGUACCUGAAGGUCUUGAAAUUUUACCGGGGCAGAUAAUGCAACGUCGCUUUAAUGAUGACGACUCCCCGCUUUAAUUGUUAUUAUAGAAUAGCAAAAACAAACUUCCUACACGGUGAAAAAUUGAUUUCUUGCGUAUUAACAUCAGCAACAGAUCUCAAAAAAUUGCAUAACUUCAUCUCUUAACAGGACAUGGGUCUUCUUAAUCAAUUAUUUUGCAAACACAUUGAGCCAUUUUGAAGAAAAACUGGUAGUACUGAAAACUACCAAUUAUUAGAUCGAUAACUCACUCCAAUCGUGCAUAAUCAAUUUAUCUCAUUUUUUUUAUCAUGCUUUUGAUAUCUUUUUAUAUCGUAAUGAUGAUAGUUGAUACUGAUUGUUAAUAUUUUUUACCAUUUCAUAUAUUCGAGACUCCAUCCUAACCACAUUGUACAUUUUUUUACUGUUAUUUUUGAGUAAUUCACUGACAUUUUCAUACAUUAUGUUUUUGCUAUUUUGAUUUAUUGUUAGGUUUUUAAGUAUUAUUCAGUAAACAUAUACCUUACGGUAAAAAUCUAGACUGUUAUUCAAAUUAAUCAUGACUUACAGAUUAAUCAAUUGAAUAUUUUUAGCUUUAAUUUAAAGUUCUGAACUGACUUUAUGAACACUUGUAAAUAUUAAAAUAUAAUGUUCCGAUUAGCGAUGAUGUUGUGAUGAUUGCGUGAUGUUAUCAAAAGGGUGUAUCAAAAUUAGUUUCACAAGCGAGUACUCUUUAAUUUUAUACAAUUGAUUACUAUGGAGUGUUUUAGUUACUUUGCUAAGUAUGAACCAAUAUUUGGAGCUUUGAUUUCUUCAUUUGAGGUACCCUUUUGAUUCAAAAUUACAGCAAACAUGAAGCAUUUUCUAUGUAGUGUUUCUGGUUUUGGUGUUUAAUAGCUUGAUACAUAUUUACAUUUGUAUGUAUAUUAACUUGAAGCUAUAUUGACGAAUAUAAACAAUUAUUCGUUUGACAAAUGAAUCGUGAUUAGCAUUUUUUGACAUAAUGCAAAUAUAAAUACCGAAACUGAUGCACCUACUCAAAAAAUACCUCAUUUAUAUCUUGUGUGAAGGAUUGAAAUUGAGAAAUCACUAAUUAUCAAUUCCACCUAUUGUAUUAUAGUUGAGACAUCUGAAAACACAUCUGUUGGCUAAAAAAAGUAGUGACCACCAUUUCUAAAUGCUUUUUUCGUCUUACUUUUGCAAAAUAAUUACCUAGUUCCUGGUCGAAUUGCAGCUACAUGGCGAUUGACAUAAAAAAAAAAAAAAAAUGAUGGGUUUCCUAGCUUAAAAAGUCGAGAAUUGUCGUACAAUUGAUGGAAACAAACCCUGCUACUAUAAUAUAUAAAUUGUAGUAGUUCUUUUUAGCCUCGUGUGACGAUUGUAUUUAUGGUGAACAAAAUUAACUGAUACACUAAUAAUCACUCGGUAGAAUACUGUCUUUGUAUACCGAAUGAACUAAGUCGUCAGAUGUAAAGUAAUGUAAGUGUAAUAAUUAAUAUUAUACCAUAUACUGAAAUAAAUGUAAUUUACAUAGCUAUAAAAACAAAAACUUUAUAUUAUAAUGAGAAGUGUGAGUUGAAGUUGUAUUCUUUAGUAUAUAGAUAUUUUUGUAGCAGUAAAUGUAGAUUUAUUAUAAAACUCAUACUUAUAGUAGAUGAAAGGCAUGACAUUGAAUGUUGUAAAACUAAAACGUCAAGUAUCGUGAAGAUAGCUUUCGGCCUCUUAAUUUUUAAUAUUAUCGAAUAGAUGCGUGAGCGGAUUAAUAUUCGUAACUCACUAGUGUAUCAACUCGUAUUACUCGAUUCGGCCCAUCGAAAUUGCUAUUUCAUUAAGGAACGAUUUGUGUGUGAACCAUAAAUCUAAAUACGAACAAUAUUUUUUUACUGCCAAAUCAACUUUUCACGUAUACUUCUUUUCUUUUAUAAUGUUGAUAUUGAAACUAACGUCGCUCACAAUUUGAGAUUGUUUUGUCAAUUUUUUUUUAUAACUAUAGAAUGUAUUGUUGAUUCACGAAAAGCAAUUGUAGUGCAAAGAAAUAAUAAACGUCGAUAUGAUAAAAUGAAUAUUAUAAUUGUGCAUUUAUUGAAGCUCAGGAAUAUUGCACUUCCGUUGCUUUCGAGAAAAAUUACAAAUUUGAAACAGAAGAAAGAGAAAAUAAAUCAUGACAGUAUCUUUAGCUCUGCAAUACUUGUUACAAAUGCAUAAUAAAGUACGUAUAUAAAUGAUCUGAGAAAGGAUAAGCAAACAAAUGAAAAUUUUGUGCAAAAAUAAUAUUAUAAAAUGAACGAUUGAAGUAACAUAGCCAUAUUUUUUCAUAGUCGAUGCAAUAAUCAUCCGCAGAAUACAUUGAAUGAAUAAUAAAUGAAAAAUGAAUCGUUUUAAGUAUUUUGAGGAAAGAGUGCCGAAUACAUACUUAUAUACUGAUAAGUAAAAACAACUUCAAUCGACUAUUUCUAUCGAAAUAACGCGUUGCAAGGUUUUAAAAUUAUUUUUACACUAUUUUUUACUACUAUUACAUAAUAAAUAGACUUAAUUUUUUAUGCAGUCUUAGUUAGUAAUAUAUAAUUUUGAUUGUACAAUUAGACUGAUCGUACGAACUGAAACAAAAUAAUACUAAUUAAAUUGUACUUUUUCCUACAUUGCGUUCGAAUCAUGUUUUUUUUUAAAGUUAAUUUGUUAUUUUUACUUUUUGUUUAUCUCGAAAAAAUUAUAUUGUUGAACUGGCGCUGAAAUAAGAUGUAUACGAUUAAUUGUUACGCUUUAGCCAGUCGGUAUAUAUUGGGAUAAACACGAGUCGAUACAAAACAACUUUACGACAUAUUCCUGCAUCAUCAUGCCAAUAAACAAUUUAUCCUAUUA